UGUUGUAAAGAGAUGUACAUUUAUGUAACGGAGUUAAAAAUAAUUGUUUUUUUAACAUAUUUAUAAUAUGUUUAAAGUGGUUUUCUUGUUAUUUCUAUCACCUGCGUAUGCGCAGCUCGAUCUUGAUAAAAACUGUAACUACACCGACUUGAUAACUAACUAUACCUUAUCGACUAUAGCAGGCACGUGGUAUCAAUUAGAGAGAAUCCCAAACAUCCUCGAAAACGGUGACUGUUCCACCACCACGUUCACCGCCAUCUUGUCCAAUGGUUUCACAGAAGCACUCGAAUUCUCCAGCAGAGAGGUCGUUAAUGGCACGCUGGUUUACAGGAACGCAUAUGUCACUUUCAAUAGAACUUCUUUGGGCGUUUUAAACUUUACCUUCACGGAUGGUACUUCUUACGAUUAUGUGAUACGACCAGCUAAAUACUACGAAUACGAGAGCCUUGUGUUGUACAGUUGCCAAAAUAAUGGCAACGGAAGUUCAGUAUUGGCGUGGAAACUGGGCAAAAAUCUGACACAAUCGCCGGAAGCUAAGAACGCCACUGAAAAAAUUAUAGCAAGUAUUAAUGAUUUAACUAAUGCAACCUGGAGGACAACUUCGUUUUCUGAUGCCGCUUGCAAAAACGAUGCUGGAGAGCAUCUUCAUGCUGGAAUGGCAUUCUACAAACUCCUCGUAGCAUUAGCUUUAGUUAAAGGAUAUUAAUAAUAAUAAUCAUUUAAUUAAAGAUUUUAAACUAAAAUGUUCGUGGUUAAUCAUCAUUUUUAAAUAUAGUUCAACGGGUACAUGCUCGUACCACUCGGGACGGGACUGAGUCCCGUCGCGACCACGAUCCAUGCAACUGGGUGAAAUAUCGACAAAUCCAAAAAUAUUA